CACGAUCGGCGUGAAGUUUGAUUUGAUUCGAAAAUUCAUAUACGUUGGUCACCACCGAUAAUAGGUACGUGCACCGCCUAGAAACACAACGUUACAGGUCGAAUGCACUCCGAGAGGCGAAAAUGUCUGUCGUAUGCACAAUGCUCAGUAAUUAGCCUUGCCCGCCAGUCUGCACGGCCAGGUAGAGCAGCUUUGCCAUUGCAGGACUGCUCCGCUUGUCAUCAUGCCUUCUUCAUCGACGUGGACAAUUCAUCUCACCUGCAUCUCAACAGACCUCACCCGCUACCUACAAUACUGUGUCGGAGCAGCCCGCUAUGACUUCACCAGAACGUGAACAGUCGCGCUACAUGCCCAUUCCAGGGCCGCCGCUGCGCUCAGCGAUGAAACACUCAUCCUCCCCUAUCUCUCGGCCCGAUACGCCCGGCUCGACAUCCAUCAAGUCUCCUCUUCUCUCGACCUCCAAUCCUAUAGCACUCACUUCCUCCCCAUCUCCACUAAUCUCAACGCCUCUCACGGCGUCCCCGGGUCCGCCGUCCCCGCUCGUCGCGGCGCAGGGUUACACGCCGAAGGUAUCGUUUGACACGCUCGAAAACCCGCAGGCGAGCAUGUUCUCGUACACGCUGCAUGUGCAAAGCGACGGGUACAAGAGAAAUAGGCAUACGCGCGUGUUCCUGUGCGCGAGUAGCCCAGACGAGAGCGGGACGCAAGCGCUAGAUUGGGCGCUGGAGAGUCUGGUGCAGGACGGUGACGAAUUGAUUGUAUUUCGUGGCGUGGAUACGGAAGUGCUUGAGAAAGACCAUGAUCAAUACCGCGAAGACGCCCGUGAGCUGAUGCGGUAUAUUCAGGAGAGAUGCGUCGAAUUUGACGCUGAACGAAAGCUCUCGAUUAUCGUUGAAUAUAUUGCGGGCAAGGUUCCGGAGACCAUUGAUCGACUCAUUUCCCUCUACCGCCCGGACUCAAUAGUCGUUGGCACGCGUGGACAGCGCGGCAUGAUGCAGGCUUGGGGCGCGGCGUUCGGCGCCCCAGGGAAGAUUGGCAGUGUGUCCAAGUAUUGCUUGAGCCAUUCGCCCGUACCCAUCAUCGUAGUGCGUCCAGAGGACAAAGUACGCCGCUCGAUGGCAAAGCGCCGGGCGGAUCCCAAACGCGGGAAGCAUUUCGAUGAACUCUACAAGACUCGAACGCAUGCCGGCAGUACAGGCGUGCCGUUUACUGCGACUAUGACGCGAUGACUGCGUAAAUCACUGUCUCUUUGUUCAUCUCACUCGGUGGCUUGCCACGACGAAGUUUCCUUUUUCCUUACUCUGAUACGUUUCUCAAGCAGUGCUCUUUCCACGAACCAGUUCCAUCGCACUUGCUAUUAUACAUAAGUAUUUGUAUGUUAUGAAUAUUGUAUCCAUACACCACGAAUGCGAUGCUUGUUCUCGUCAAUCGUGACAUUGAAUUUAUAAUCGUAC